AAAUAUUCUACUGUGUUUUAGGUUGAAGGCUGUUUAUUAUGUUUGCCAGAUGCGGUCUGUGGCAGAUAUGUGGUCCUAAUAGGUUUUGGUGUUUUGGUGUUUUUUCUGAAGAAAGUCAAUUUAACCACUCUUUUUGGAAGUAGCUAUGCUACCCACUGGAGCAAGAGAUACUCAACUCCGUGAGAGCAAUAACCAAAAGGUUCAUCCACAACCCAUGGAAGAGGCCAUGAAUCAGAAUCCAGAAGCUGUGGAAGCCUUGAUAUCUAAGGUUUUUACGAACAUCUCUUCCCUGAAGUCAGCUUACAUCCAGCUCCAAGCUGCUCAUACUCCCUACGACCCUGAAAAAAUUCAAGCUGCGGAUAAACUUGUAAUUUCUGAGCUAAAAAACCUUUCUGAACUUAAGCACUUCUACAGGGAGAACAAUCCCAGCCCAGUUUGUGCUUCUCCACAGGACUCCCGCCUAGCUGCAGAGAUUCAAGAACAACAAAUUCUGCUGAAAACCUAUGGGGUUAUGGUUAAGAAAUUCCAAUCUGAAAUCCAGAAUAAGGAUUCUGAAAUCCUUCAGCUUCAGCAGCAUAUUGAGGAGGCAAAACAGAAGCAAGCAAAGUUAGAAAAGAAUCUAAAGCUCAGGGGCAUGUCUACCAAAGAAUCAGAAGGUUCCGCUGAUGAAAAUGGUUUUCCGCCUGUGGAUCUAACUUCCGAUCUCUUCACAUCAGUUGUUGAAGCUGCAUACAAAGCUAUUCAUGAUUUUUCUAAGCCGCUGAUUAACAUGAUGAAGGCAGCUGGGUGGGACCUUGAUGCAGCAGCCAAUUCUAUUGAACCCAAUGUUGUUUAUGCAAAGAGAGCUCACAAGAAGUAUGCCUUUGAGUCCCAUAUUUGCCAAAGAAUCAUUUAG